CACACAGAAGGAUGGGAAAAGACAGAAACUGAAUGACGGAGAACUUUUAGGGUCUAAUAAGAAUUCUGCAGGAAAAGCAUCAUGUCUGAUGAUAACAAGAUGACUAUCAAUCUCCUUUUGCUGGGAAGGACACAGAGUGGCAAAAGUGCCACAGGGAACACCCUUCUAGGCAGUAAAGACUUUGCCAGCCAUCUUUCUCCGGGCUCUGUGACCACAGUUUGUAGUCUCGGCCGCAGCUGCUGCAUUUCCAACUUUGCACGUCGGCAGGGACGUGAGCUAACUCUGCAGGUCCACGUGCUGGAUACUCCUGGCUAUCCCCACAGCAGCUUGAAGAAGGAGCAGGUCGAGCAAGAAGUAAAAACUGCUUUAGUUCAGCACUUUGGAGAGAAAGGUCUACACUUGGCAUUUUGGGUCUUGAGAGCUGACGUCCCACUGUGUGAAGGGGAAGAGAUUUCCACAAUCCAGUUCAUCCAGAAACUCCUUGGUCCUAACUGGAAGAGCCACACUGUCAUCUUAUUUACUCAUGCAGAUAUAGUUGAAAAGGCUAGGUUUAGCAAAGAACAGUAUUUGCAUACUGCUUCAGACACACUACAUAAGUUCCUGCAGUGUGUACAGCAAAAAUACAUUUUUGUAGAUAAUCAUGCAAUGAUGCUAAAAGAAGGAAAUUUAAAUGCUUUAAGAAAAACGUUGGAGUUUAUAAGGCAAAACCAUUACCAGACUCUUCAAUUUAAGUAAACAGUGUAAAUUUAAGCAACUUAUAUACUUCCAAAUUCUCAUAAAUUUGUUCCUACAUUGCCUUUAUGCUUUCCAGAUUGGAUG